GGUGCAACAUUGCUAUGUAUGUGCAAUAAAAAGGAACAGUAGCGCAUUCCUGCUGGUACUGUUAGCUUUACUUGUUGCUGAAUGAACCUCUGGUCCAGACGCUCCGUUGAAGCCGGCAACUCACUAACUGCACGAUAGGGUCCUUAGGCUUGAUCUAUACAACACCGUUCGUUCCUCACAACGUUGUCGGCUGAAGUUGUCAGAAAUGUGUGUGCCGCUUCAAACAGUUAGCGUAUCUCAAUGCUCAGGGACGCCAAGCUUGUAUGAAGUCCUGGGUGUUUCGCUUAAGGCAACAACAGAAGAGAUACGGUUAUCAUACUUGAAGCUCGCGCGGUUAUGGCACCCUGACCGUCACGGUGGUUCUGAGAGCGCCAAGCGCAAGUUCCAACAAAUACAGUGCGCGUAUGAGGUCUUGUCAAACGAGCGGCGACGGGCUCACUAUGACCUCCAGUGGCUGGCAAAGCUAGACGUAGAGGACUACCUCAAUCGGUUCAAGGACCUGAUCCUCACAGCGAAUGGCCUGUGCCUUUCCCUCGGCGACCUGGCGAAUUGCUCGGAGCAGGGGAGUGGGCAGCUAGCGGAUUGCGAGCGGGGGAGCACUGCAUCGGUGCGUAGAGCGUCCAUUCGGGCAGCAUAGCGAAGGGCCACAUGGCCACGAGGGGGGCCACAUGGCCACGAGGGGGGGAGAGAGAGCGAGGGCUGGCAUUGGUGCUUGCAAUAGGGCACAGCUCUGGAGUGGGGUAUGCGGUGGCCUGCCCAGGGUCAUGCUGUCGUGUGUACGACAAGCAGCGCAUGGAGUGGGGGUUGAGGGUUUGUGGGCUGUGGCGUGAAUGCUGCCGUACAGGGCUGUGAGAGGCGAGCGGUGAGUGCUGAGAGCAGAGGGGGGAAUGAGCUGGGUAGUCGAACUUGUUUGGCGGUGUACAGGUACUGGGGAGCUGCUUGGGCCAGCUGCUGUGCCGGUUAUUGGAAAGCUUGCGCUGUUGCUGUGCAGAGACAUAACCUGAGAGGGGAGUGAAGUGAAGGGGGCUUGUAUGGAUUUUGUAGUUUAUAGGACUUCCGGGGCGCUUUGCGUUCCAAAGGAGGUAAAUGUUGUUAGGAGCAGGGCGGCCUCUUUUCUGCGGGGCCGGCAUCGGGCUAUUCGAUGUGGUUUCGCACAAGGGCCGAGAAGAGUGAACCCUUACCGUGUUUUUGCUAACCGUCAAUUGGCUAUCGGCCAUGCAACGACACUGAUGUUCACCCGCAAGGACGACGUCGUGGUUGUUUGCAUCUUGCGGAUGAACUUAAGUUCCUAAGUUUUGACGAAUUCAGUCAUUUCCUAAGCGUCAGCUGUCGUAGGCACAGCUUUGGCGGCUUGCCACACUGCUGCCCGCGUUGCGAUGAACACUCCUGUCCCAGAAGGUUAGGUUGCAUGUAGAGAGGUAUGUUUGCGGGGGAGCUUGGGAGGGGAGUGAGUGAACGCGGUUUUGUCCAUGCAUGUUUACGGGCCGGGGUGUCCUAGCUGUCAUGAUUUGCCGUUUAGACGCUUCCAUCCGUUUCUUGUACACGUCUCCCUCGCCUGGUUACGUUGUGGAACUUCAGGUCUCCUAGUGGUUAUGUAGGUGUUGUACGUGUACUAUAUGUUGUGGUCUAGCAUUGCUUGCUUGCUUGCUUUCGGAUGUACCAAGUUGAGAGCUUGCGCCUUUGUUGCAAGCCUCAAUUCACAGACACGUAUGUUUUGUUUCGCGUAGCGGCAAACGGCAUCGAUAUUUGCAUGGAAGCAACUCUGGAUAGUGGGUAUUCCUCUUAGGCACUGGUGGAUUUGGGGAAUUGGAUUUCGUAGCAGCGCCGCUCUUGUGCCUUGUAAUUUCGUGAGAAACACA